AGUAGUAGAUAUUGUACGUAAUGAGGUAUCUGAGAGGAAGACACCAUGUGUCGUUGGUUUUACUGAUAAGAACAGAUUAAUUGGUGAAGCGGCAAUGACGUCUAUUAAAUCUAAUUAUAAGAAUACUUGUCGUAACCCUAAACAAUUAUUAGGGAGGACAUCAAUAGAUCAAGAUGAGGAACUCAUUAAGGAGAAGUUCUUCCAGGUAUGUGAUAAUGCUAUUGCUGAUGAUGGUACUGUUGGAUAUCGUGUAUCAUAUCUAGGUAAGGAGAGAAUAUUAUCAGCUACAGUGGUAACAUCUAUGUUGUUAUCAAAGCUUAAAGAUACCGCUGAUGCUUUUACUACCUCAUCAAAUAGUAAAGAUGUUGUUAUUGCUGUACCAUCUUACUUCCAAGAUUCUCAUAGACAUGCUAUAUUGGAUGCUGCCCGUAUUGCUGGUCUUAAUUGUCUACGAGUUAUGAAUGAUUCAACAGCAACUGCAUUGGCUUAUGGUAUAUAUCGAUCUAAUGAGUUCAGUGAUAAUACUCCAACAAUAGUAGCAUUCACAUCUGUUGGUGCAUCUCAUUUUGGUACAUCUAUCGUUAAGUUUACUAAAGGUCAUCUUACUGUACUUGGUGAGGCUAUUGAUACUACUGUUGGUGGUCGAUAUAUUGAUAAGAUCCUAAUGGAGCAUUAUAGUCAACAGUUUACUACUAAAACUGGUUUAGAUCCCCUUAAGAAUGCUAAAUCUAGAUUUAAGUUGGAAGAGGCUGUUAAUAAGGUUAAGAAGAUAUUAUCAGCCAAUAAUGAGGCCGUAUUAGGGAUUGAAUGCUUGUUGGAGGAUGAGGAUCUGAAUGUAGUCGUGACUCGUGAUAAGCUCGAGGAACUAUGUGCUCCGAUGGUUGAUAAGAUGCAGUCUGUGAUGAAUACGCAUUGA